ACCUCAACAUUAUUGAAUGUUAUGAAUACGCAUAGCGAGGUUGCACUCCAGUGUAUCCCUAGUCUAUGAUUAGAUCUAUUACACCAGGCUGUUCACUCUGACCUCUGAACCUUCCUACACAAGAAUGGCUAGUGUAUGCUAUACAACCUUUGAUUCUCAUACUUUUGACUACACCUGGACUAUCAGAAAUGUGAAAAGUCUUAUUGAGAGUCACUUUGGUGCCUGUGACUAUAACAAAUGCAAGGCAUGUAUAAAUAGUCCGAAAUUCAGUAUUGGCCUGAAGAUUAAAGAAGUCUCUAUCAACUUUACAGGGUGGUGUUAUGAGGAUUUGCGUGGACACUCGCAUAUUGCAACUUGUGCUAAUGGAGAUAAUCUUUUAUACAACGAAAAAGAAAAGUGUCAAUGUGUAGAGCUUGAAGUAUCAUUAAACCUUCUAGAUUUGGAUCUACUUGGAGUUGGAUUUGUUUCUAUCCUCGUACCAAACAAAGAUCCAGAUACACAUUGCCUUCAAAACUUUGUUGAAGUCGUGAAACACGAUUUAACUAAUAAAGGACCAAAAUCACGGUCAUCUUUUAAUAGCAAGUUAUCUGUUCGAAUUUCUCGUGACGAGCUAAACGCUGGCUGCAGCAAGUACACUUACGAAGACUCACUAACGGUUUAUUGCAAAGUCACUGUGUAUGCUGUUGACCACGAACUAAACCACAUCACAGACUCAAUCCCCUCUAUUCCGCAUGUUAGCUUAGCGAGCGUUUUAAAGAAGGAUCGAGAUCAAAAACUGUAUACUGAUGCUAUCAUCAAGUGUGGCUCCAAAGCGUUUGAUGUCCAUAGGAUUGUGAUUGGGAGCCAAUCAGCCUUCUUCAAGAAGAAAAUGGAACACUGGGAAAAGGGAGAUAAGACGAUAGACAUGUCUGAUUUAAAGCCACAGACGGUAGAAGCCAUCGUUGACCACAUGUACACUGGUGAGGUUGCUAACAUCGACGAACAAGCUCCCGAUCUUUUAGCAGCUGCUGAAAAAUACCAACUGUUUUCUCUCAAGAAUCUCUGCGAGAAAGCAUUAGUUCGAAAGCUAACUGAUUCAAAUGUAGCACAUCUCCUUAAGCUAGCCUCCACCCACAAUGCUCUUGAUCUGAAACAGAAAGUCGUGGACUUUGCUUAUUCUAACCCUCUGAUGAAAAUGCAAAUGCUUGAGGCAUGGACCGACAAAUCUCUAUCUCUUCCAAAUUAAUUAGUAAGUAGUUAAGUGUCAAUAUUGUUUUUUGCCAAACUAUUAAUGCAAACAUACAGUGUGUUGUGGUCAUUCUUAUUUUUACUUUUGUAUAGGAUCUUAUGCAUGGUUUUUGGUGUCAUUUUACAUGUACACGUCAUGGAUUACAUCACCUUUAAUGUUGUUCAUAGUUUUUCUCAGUCACUGUGCUGCUCAUUCCCUUUUGUCAUAUGAAUGCAUAAUAAUUUAUAUUAGUACUCAAUAGCUACAUUCUCAUUAUUGUACUGACUGGCUACAUUUUGCAGGGUUUUACCGACUAAUUUUGGCUUGACAAUCAGUAUC